AUGGAGUCUGAGUUUGUGUGUGACGACGGCGUCACUCGGAUGAUUGUUAUGACCGCCGAGGCGACCGCCCCAUUUGACGGCGUCUUCCUGAAGAGGCUGCGAACCCCAAAGGGGGAGGGAGUGGUCCUCGGUGUGAAUUCGGGCAACUUGUACGUUCUUCUUGACACCAACGCCGAGGCCUUGGUGGCAACGGCCUUCACAAAAAAGGACUUUGAGGAUGGCCUUUUAGAGGUGCUGCCGGAGCUUCCUGUUGUUGUAGACCCGCUUGAUUCGCAUCGGGUGAAAAAAGAUAUGUUCUGCGGCCGUGGUGUCAGCAUUGUGACGCAGGAUCAAAAUGGUCCGUGCCCUGUGGUGGCCGCGGCCAACGCGCUGGCGCUGUUGGGGCGCAUCAAUUUGUGCCCCGGUGAUUGCCGGCGAAUUGAAGCCAAGGAGCUUCGUCGCAGAAUUCUCGAGUAUAUCAUAGAAGGCAAUCCGGAUGUUCCACAAUUUGUCUCUCCCCUCACACGUGUGGUGAAUGGUGAGGAAGUUCAAACAAUUGCCGGCCUCGUUCAAGAGCGUCUCGCUGAGACCCGGGCGAAACUCGCGGAGGGUGUAGAAGGCGAGGAGUUUUUGCACCGUUUGUACCACGGUAUGAACAUAAGCCCUAUUUUUUCUGUGCUAGACGGCUUUGAUUCGGAGGAUGACGUGAUGCUCUUCGCUCUUGCAGGGCUACGUGUUGUGCAUGGGUGGCUGAUUUCGUCGGAGGGUCGCUACGCCGCCUUGCGUGAUAUGUCUUUUAAUGAAGUGAGUCUUCUGGCGACGCACAAAAACAGUGAAUUGUCGGGGGUUGCCAACGAGUUCCUAGAGCAGACACGCUCACAGCUAACAGACGAGGGAUUGGCGGUGCUUCGACGCGAGCUUGGCGAAGGGGAGGUUGCUGUUCUUUUUUGGAAUAACCACUUCUCCACCGCCGUGAAGCUCGGUGGGAGGUUACUGCUUCUGCUCUCCGAUGAGACGUACGCGGAUAGGUCGUCCAUCUUCUUUGAGGCCAUUGAAGACGUCCACGGCGCCGCCACUUUCACCGACGGCAACGGCGUUGAUGCCGAUGCCUUGCUUCUAGCCGUUCAAUCCUUGACUGGGAACGAGUUUACCGCAGAGGCUGUUUUGGCCGCGAGGACGGAGUUGAAGACUGCGGAUGGCAACGAAGCAAGCCCCGAGGAAGUCGUCUCGCAUCUGCGUGGCAAGAAGAAGUCUAAGGGAGACAGUCCGCCGGAGUGGGAGACCCUGGGUGCGUGA